GGUUUGCAACUUGCACUUCCAAAUGCAAAAGAAAGUUCCUUCUCUGAAAAAUCUCCACCAAUUAAUAUUAUCCCAAAACAAACACCAACAACAACAAUUUACAGAUCCCCAACAUCACCAAUCUCUAUGCCAUUUUCCCUCUUUUUUUAAUUCUUAAAUCUCCAAAUCUCACACACACCCUCUCUGUUAUGUACUCAAUCCUUGGCUGUUUCUUCUCCUCCAAAUCGAUCCACGAUCUAUCACUAUUCACCCAUCAACGGUCAGAUUUCACUCUCAUCCUUUUUCUUCACUAAUUUUCACCCUCUCAGUUAGUAACAAACACAAAAUGCAGAACAACACAAAACAACACCCACAUUUUCCCAUGCUUCUUCCAUUUUAGUGUUAUUCCACUAUUACCCUCACUGAACAACCAUCUUUCUUCCAUUUCCAUUUCAUUAUGCUUCCUUUUCUCAACAACACCACCAAAAACCACGACAGAUUUGUAAAUUAACAUGGGCUGCGGGGGCUCCAAACUGGAGGAGUUCCCCGUGGUAACUCUCUGCAGAGAACGCAAAAACUUUCUCAAAAACGCUUCCGAUCAACGAUACGCUCUUGCCGCCGCGCAUCUUUCUUAUUUACAGUCUCUUAGAGACAUCGGGGAAGCUCUGAGGAGAUUCUCCGAUCAAGAUCUUUUUCUUCCAACUGCUUCUACUCCUUCUUCUUCUUCUUCAAUUUCUUCCCCUGUUCUCACAUUGCCUUCUCGUGAAGGUAAAUCUUCUAAGAAUAGUAGUAACCACCAUGAUGAUCAUGAUCAUGAUGAUGAUUCUCAUUUGCAUCUUUCUUCUGGAUCGGAGUUAAGUUCACCUUCUUCAGAUCAUUUUAAUCAUCAUCAUGAGCAUCAAACACCCGAGGCUGAAUCCGAACCUGAACGAGAAAGAGACAGAGGAUUUGAAUAUGGACACGAACCUCAAUACGAACCCGAACCCCAACUCGAACCAUCUUCUUCUUACGGGUAUAAUUAUCCAUAUCCAUAUCCGUAUCAACAAGAUUGGAAUCAAAAUCAAAAUCCAAAUCCAAAUCAAGCAGGGGUUAAUAGUUAUGCUUACUAUAUGAAGAAAUCUGCACCUCGUGGAAAAUCUGUGAUCUAUCAAGAACCGGAGAGACACGUGGCGGAAUCUGGACGAUGGACUGGUUCUCCUUAUGGUUAUGGGUAUAAUGGUAUGAAUGGGAGUGCUGGUGGUUUUUUUGGUUUCCCGGCGGGACCUUCUACGCCGGCGCCGCCUCCACCGGCUCCGGCUCCGGCUCCACCUUCACCGCCGAGAGUAUCUACCUGGGAUUUUCUUAACUUUUUUGAGAGUGUUGACAAUGGUUAUUCUGGUUAUGGAAGUUAUGGAUUAGGGUUAGGGUUAGCUUCGAGUGGGAGUAGUCCUGAUUCGAAAGAAGUGAGGGAGAGAGAAGGGAUUCCUGAAUUAGAAGAUGAAACGGAGCAGGAAACUGUGAAGGAGGUUCGUCAUGAGAAGAAGAAGAAGAAAGUGGCAGAGGAAGUGGAAAAGGAAAAGGCAGAGGCUGUUAAAGGUGGAGAUUUUGGUGAAGGUACUUCGAAUUCAAAGGAAGUGCCAUUGCAACAGGUGAGUAGUAGUGAGGGAAGUUCCAAAACGGUGCGGUUUCAUAGUAGCGAAGGUAGUGGUGAUUCGAUUUCUUCUAGUGAAAAAUUGAGUCCUGAUAAUGUUGUUCCUAAAGGAUCUCCUCCUAGAAAGAAAGGGGUGAGUUUUGAGAUUGAGGGUGAUGAAGAUGCGACGGUUACAACAGUGGAGGUUGAUGGUGAAUCUUCUAUGUUGAGUAGCUUAAGCACUUUGUCUCCACAUGGAACUAGGGAUCUAAAAGAGGUUGUUAGGGAAAUUAGAGAUGAGUUUGAGACUGCUUCUAAUCAUGGAAGAGAGGUUGCAUUUCUUCUCGAGGUUUACAAACCACCUUAUCAGUCAAGACUUGCUGCAUUUAGAGUUAUCUAUUCAAGGAUAUUAGAGAUGUUAGCACCUUCCAAGCCACCUUCGCAUCCUCCAUCUGGUCCGCCAAUACAAUUUUCUUCUAGGACAAUGAAAUUGGCCAAAGCAUACUGUGGGGAGCCUGAGAAAGAGUUGAUAUCAAAUCCGAUAAACCUUUCAUCUACAUUGGAGAAACUUUAUGCAUGGGAAAAGAAAUUAUACAAGGAAGUUAAGGAUGAAGAGAGGUUAAGAGCUAUUUAUGAGAAGCAAUGCAAGAGAUUGAAAGCAUUGGAUAAUCGUGGAGCCGAAGCUACUAAAAUUGAUGCUGCUGAGUCAUUAAUAAGAAAGUUGCUUACAAAGAUAAACAUUUGCAUCAAAAGUGUUGAAACUAUAUCAGGGAGGAUACAUAAACUAAGGGAUGAAGAAUUACAGCCUCAGCUUGCAGCAUUAAUUAAUGGAUUGAUAAGAAUGUGGAAAUUCAUGUUCCAAUGCCACCAGAAACAGUUCCAGGCUAUCAUGGAGAGUAAAACUCAAUCUCUCAAAUUAAACACUGGUUUGCAAAGAGAUGAAGGUUUGAAAGCCAUUAUAGAACUCGAAAGGGAGCUUCUGAAUUGGUGCACACAGUUCAACAAUUGGGUCAGGACUCAAAAAUCUUAUGUUGAAAAUUUGAAUGGGUGGCUCAGAAGGUGCCUUCAUGAUGAACCUGAAGAAACAGAUGAUGGUGUUGUCCCUUACUCUCCAAGUCGGAUUGGAGCUCCACAAGCUUUCAUUAUCUGCAAUGAUUGGCAGCAAGCAAUGAAUAGAAUUUCAGAAAGAGGGGUGGCAGAUGCUAUGGGCGAAUUUGCUCAAAAGCUGCAUGAGCUAUGGGAGAGACAAGAUGAGGAACAAAGGCGGAAAAUCAGGGCAGAGUAUCUAACAAAGGAUUUUGAGAAACAACUUAAAGCUUUGCGCACCGAAAUGGGAGCCUCAAAACACGAGCAUGACAAAGUUUCAGGGAAGAAUUCAUUGUCGAAGUUCAAUUCUGAUAGUGGUGUUUCGCCACUGGAUGAUCUAAAGGUGGAUUUAGAUUCUAUGAAGAAGAGAUUGCAUGAUGAGAGGGCCAAACAUAAGGAAGCCAUUAGGCUUGUCCGUGAUGCAGCUUCUAAUAGUUUACAAACUGGUUUGGUUCCCAUUUUUAAGACCUUAGAAAGUUUCACUUCAGAGGUGGUGAAAGCUCAUGAGGAAGUCAGACUUCAAAAUGCUGCAGCCUCGUAGAGAACAUGGAAGAUUUAGAACUAACCACCAAUUUUGCAGCUAGAGUUAAUCUUGGUAUGUAGGAAAGAACCUCUUAAAACUCUCUGAAGAGGUUUGAUUAGAUCAAGUUUCAGCAACUAAAGCUUUGGGUGUGUAAACGUCAGGACAUGGUUAUCUUGAAUUCAGCUCCUGUAACACCCAAUCUACAGUUAGGCAAAAUUUUGUACAGAAUAAUUCAUUUAUUGAUUUGAUUGUAGGUGAUUGUAUAUGCUGUUUAAUAUGUCUAGGAGUAGUAGGAUCUUAGUAGGAGGAAGCAAGGGAUUUUAAUAGAAGUUCAAUAACGAUCUAGUGAAUUGAAAUACACUUUAUUUUCCUGCA